AUGACCAGCCCUCCUAUGUUGGCGGCGUGGAACACCCGUGGGUUCAAUAGCCCAGACAAAACUUUGUGCUGCAAAAAACUUGUUAACACUUACAACCUUGACCUCCUUUUCAUUUUAGAAACUAGAAUCUCCUCACCCAACACCAACAACAACUGGUUCCUUUCAACACACUCCAUUUUCUCCCACGAAGGCUCUUACGACAACUUUGCUUUUGCUAAUCCCGGUAGAAUUUGGAUUAAGUGGAACUCUAUGAAUGUAAGUUUCAACCCAGUUUUUACGUCCAGUCAGAUGAUUCAUGGUCAGGUUUUUAAAGGUAAUGCUGAACCUUUUUUGGUUACUGUGGUUUAUGCAUCAAAUUCAUUGGUUGAAAGGCAAAACCUGUGGAAGGAUUUACUGGAUAUUGCUGAUGGUAUUACUUCCCCUUGGAUUAUUCUCGGGGACUUUAACCAUUGUCGUCACAUUAAUGAAAAGGCUGGGGGUUCUUUGCUUACUAACUGUAAGGUUUCUGACUUCAACAACCUUAUCUUUAACAUUGGUGCACAUUAUCUUUUCUCUGUUGGGCACUUUUUCACAUUGUUCAACCAACGUAUCGAUAAUCCUAUUCAUAUUAAGCUGGAUAGGAUCAGCCCGAUUCAUUCCUUCUAUCAGAAGCUCAAAACUCUUAAGCUUAACAUAAAAUCUAAGAACUGGGUCUCUUCUAAUGCUUUACAUUCUGAAAUUUCGGAGCUCAAUUCCUCCCAAAACUAUAUUCUGAGGCAAAUUCAUGAUGCUCCCCUUGAGCCCCAUCUUAAUCUGGCUUUGAAGGAGGUUAACCACAAGCUUCUUGAAAGAAAUUCUAAUUGGUCUGCUUGGGUCAUUCAAAGAGCUAAGGCUAAAUGGUUAACUUGUGGUGAAGAUGAUAUUGGAUUCCUCUAUUCGAGGAUCAAUGCUAGGCAUAAUACCAACUUUAUCAAAAGUAUCACCACCUAUGAGGGGACCUUUUCUGAUCCAACUGAGCUCAACAAUGCCAUUAUCCGACAUUUUCACAAGCUCUUCAAUACUACCCUUCCCCCUCAUACUGCCAUCGGGAAUGCUCCUAUUCUUCUUACUGUUCCGGAUAUUUUUACUUCCCAACUGGUUGCUCCUGUCACCAAUGAUGAAAUCAAGCAGGUUAUCUUCUCUACCCCCAAUUCCUCUACCCCGGGUCCGGAUGGAUACACUUUUGAAUUCUAUAAAUCCACUUGGAAUAUUAUUGCACUAUGCCUAAGCACGCCAAGGCCACUUGCUCUUGCUCUUAUACCUAAAUGUCCUCAUGCUCAAGAUAUUUCUGAUUAUAGACCUAUUUUCCUUUGCAAUACCUUUUACAAAAUCAUUGCCAAGAUCUUAGCAAACAGGAUGAAAGAUGUUAUGCCGUAUAUUAUACAUCCUAGCCAAUCUGGCUUUAUUAAAGAUAGAAUUAUCACUGAUAACAUUCUGCUUGCAGAUAAGUUGCUUAAGGAGUUCAAUCAGAAGGGGAAUCAAAAGUAUUUUUGUGCCAAAUUCAACAUUCAUAAGGCGUUUGAUACGGUGUCAAGAGAUUUCUAG